CCCGAGUGGGCCGGGGCCCACCCUAAUCUCUAAGUAGCUCCGCCCCUGGACAUGUUAAUGGUGAAUUAUCCCCGCAAACAGUUAAUGUGUGGUUUGAUGGUGCUGCCAAACGAGGACAGAGAGGGAGUAUUGGCUUUGUUAGCUUCCAACUAUCAGACACUGUGCUAUUUGCUUUUGGGAAGUACUAUGAAGGGAUUCAUGAUCCAUUCCUUAUGGAAUGCUUAGCGUUGAAAGAUGCGAUCCAAUGGUGCCUCACUCAUUCUUUUCUUGUUGUUUGUUUUCAUGGGGACUCUCAACUAUUAAUUCGGCGAAUGGCGAGAGGUGACCUCAAUCAUGAUCGAGGAGGAGCUAUACUCGAGGAUGUUCGGAGCUUGGCCGCUUCGUUUACCAAAGUGUCAAUCUGUUUUGUUUCUCGUAGACUCAAUAGGACUGCCCAUCUUGUGGCACAAAAGGUCAUUUUAUCGGGGAUUCGACUACUGGUCGACUCCCGCACACUUCUUUUUCCCUCGGUAUGAUUGACUUUUUUUCUGACUUGGUUUAAAAAAAAAAACAACUUGCCUUGCCGCUGGGGGAUUAUCAGUAUCCGGUGAUUGAAAAGUUAGUUGAAACAUAUGACGAAUCUAUACACGAAACGGGAACCAAGAUCUGGAUGAAUUUGUGCCUUCCGGAUGCUUGUCAAAUUCAUAAUUGGAAACAGAAGUGAAUCGUGAUCGACAAAAUCAAAAUUAAUCAGGGAUUUGUUUCUGAUUGAUGCUGCUGCUGAUAGUAUAUAUAUGCAUUAAAUGUGACGAAUGCAAAGAUGAUUGAUUAUUGAAGGCGCCAACAGGUUGUUUAAAGGCUAAUUCAGUACUAAAAUGACACCUUAACCCCACAAUAACAACCGGCAAAAAGAUAAACCCUGGUUUUGAUGUGGAAGUUCUUCCAAUCUGGACAAAGAUCGAACCCGUUGCAGUCAGAGUCGAACCAAACUGUGACAAGGGAAUGGGGUUGAUUUGAAAAUCUGAACCUCCAAAGUGGGACCCUGUCCUGCCUUUUCUAGCCGGCUACGAGCCCAUCGCCCAUUGAUUGAUUGUCUAGUCUCGUGUUUAAGGUAUGAAUUAGACGAACCACCUGAAACGUACCUCCUCUAGAAAAGAGGAAAUUAAAGAUUCUUGCUGGCGGAGCGACGAUUCAGUUGCCUGUGACAGAUUUCAAUACCUUCUUCUUGUAAUAAGAUAAACACCACGCCACCGUUUCCUUCUUCUUUCAUUUCAGCCUGAAUGCGACGCUCCUUUGCUCAUCAAUGGCGAGCCCUGUGACAGAGGUAAUCUUUUCCCCCUCCCCUGCUUCUUCUUUCUACCCAACAGAAGUAAAGAUAGAAACUUUAGCUAGAUUUCUUUCGUGGGAUUUGUCUGCAAAAUCCUUCUGCUAUGUCUUUGGAUGAAAAGUAUUGCCUUUUUUCCUCUGUUGGUGAGAAUCCUUUGUGCAUACGGAUUCGUGUGCUCUGCUCUGGGAAGUUUUGUGUCGGUGACUUGAGAUUCCCUUUAUUUCCCCCCUAAUCUAUAGAGCAACGAGCAAUCAUGGAGUUCGAGUGGGUGGCCGCUUGGGCUGCAAAUCAUGAAUUUAAGACUUCGGGUGAUGGAGAUCAGCAGAAAUCAGACCAGCCGUCGUCUUCCGCCGUCAUCCAGUUUCUCCUCUUUCUCUUCCUCAAAUCUGGACACCGAGUCCACGGCCUCUUUCUUCCAAGACAACAGCGUGUCGCUGGGGAGGCUAAUUGGGUUUCGGCCAGCUGCCCAGAGAAGGAACGGCGUCGCGGCGGCGGCGGCGGCGGGUAAUGGGUGUGAAGGAGGUUCAAGAGGACAUGGGAGAGUAGGAAUCUGCAUACCUUUUAUGCUCGGUACCAUUGACAAGAUCAGUAUCAGAAGAUCAAAGGAGAGAGGUCGAGUGAGUGAUAUCAUCUAGUGCAGAGUGGAUUGAAACUUGUUCUUGUUCAUGCUUUCUGGUCUAUUGAGAAGGCCAUUGCUUUGUGGUCUAUUCGUGAACUGAAGGGUGUGUGUAGAUUUGUCUUUUGUGUAUCUUAAUUCUUGCGGUUGAAGUGUUCCUCCAUAGGCCACUCUUACAUGGGAUUUUGAUUCCUUUUUUAUCACAUGGUCUCCUUGACAAGUUGAAUUGCAUCAAUGGGAGGAUAAUUGGUAGAAUUGCUCUAAUGUAAUUGAUUCGAUAAACAUUGAAACGAAAU